AUGGACAAUCCUACUGGUGAAAACGGGAACUCUGUUCCUUCUCUGGAUCUCGAGAAAUUGAGAAAAGAGUCAGAUGGCUCAAUGUCGGGUAUGGCUACCAGUCUCUUCCAGCAAGUUGUUAAAGGAAAUCCAUAUUUUGCUGCUGGUGGAGGACUAAUGGUACUGGGAUCAGGUCUCGCACUCGCAAGAUCAGGGAUAAUCAGACUCAGCGGUCUUCUUUACCGCCAGCUUUUGGUAGACAUGGAGAUUCCAUCUAAGGAUAAAUCGUACCUGUGGUUUCUGGAAUGGAUGGCAAAGCAUCCACAGCGUUCGUCACGUCAUCUUUCGGUUGAAACAAACUUCAUUCAGCACGAUAACGGAUCGGUGUCUACAAAAUUUUCGCUGGUGCCAGGACCCGGAAAUCAUCUCAUCAGAUACAAAGGUGCAUUUAUGCUCAUCAAGCGUGAAAGAUCGGGAAAAAUGCUAGACAUGACCAGUGGGGCGCCUUUUGAGACCGUCACGCUCACGACACUAUACAGAGAUCGAAUGCUGUUUCGUGAUCUGCUGAGUGACGCCAAAAACCUUGCAGUCAAAGCCAAAGACGGCAAAACUGUCGUUUUCACAUCAUGGGGGCCAGAAUGGAGACCGUUUGGACAGCCAAAGGCGAAACGACUAUUACCUUCGGUCAUUUUAGACAAGGGCAUUAAAGAUGGUAUCAUACAUGACGUUCACGAGUUUUUACAAAACGGAAAAUGGUACUUGGACCGCGGUAUUCCAUACAGAAGAGGGUAUCUUCUGUAUGGUCCGCCAGGAAGCGGUAAGACCAGUUUCAUUCAGGCACUUGCCGGCGAGCUUGACUAUAAUAUCUGCAUCAUGAAUCUGUCGGAGGCAAACUUGACUGACGAUCGCUUGAACCAUCUCAUGAACAACAUCCCAGAGCGCAGUAUCUUACUUUUGGAAGAUAUAGAUGCCGCUUUCAACAAGAGAACCCAGAGUGGUGAGCAAGGCUAUCAGUCUGGCGUCACUUUCAGCGGUUUAUUGAAUGCACUUGAUGGUGUUGCCUCGUCAGAGGAGACCAUUACUUUCAUGACAACCAAUCAUCCAGAGAAACUCGAUCCUGCCAUUAUGAGACCUGGUAGAAUCGAUUACAAAGUAUUCAUCGGCAACGCUACUCCAUACCAAAUCGGCCAGAUGUUCAUGAAAUUCUACCCCGGCGAGGACAAAUACUGUGAAGAGUUCGUUAAGAAGGCCACUGCGUUGAACGUAUCAAUAAGUACCGCUCAAUUGCAAGGUCUGUUCGUUUUCAACAAAGACGAUCCCGAGUCAUCUCUCAAGAUGGUCGAGACUCUAAAGUCCCCCAACCACGUAUUUUAA